AUGUCUUCACCCCUUAAAGAGAAAUCCGCGAUGCCGCAACGCGCCUUCAAGGCCAAUCCGGUGAUGCAGACGCGCGACGCCACCACAAAGCGAAGAAGGGAUAUGUUCUUCAAGCGCGUCCAGAACAAUCGAGACGACAAGAAAUGGGAAUCACGGGGCGAACAGAUUCAGCAAUUGGACUUUGUGGCUGAGCGCAAACGAUGGGAAGCCCAAAAAGCGCGUCAAGCACCUCAAGAGAACGAUGAUAUCAUCGAGUACAUGUUGGACGACGCGGAACUUCCUGAACUUCCGAGUUACGCGCCUCAACACGAUCCCGAGAUGACCGAAGCCGAUUACGUCGCUGCACAAGAGGAGUACGAACUUGAACAAUUGAUCGCGUCGAUGGAGCAGGAAUCGGAUACACGAUCACAGCAUUACGGUAGCGACGAUGACGACUACGACGCGAUAUUCAUGGAGUGCGCGACGGCGGGGCAUGAUCAAAAUCAGCAGCAACCGCAGCACGCACAAGACGCGUUUGGAGGUGAAGACAUGAUGGACAUGGACAUGACCGACGGCUGA